AUGAGCAGUGCGCACAACACUCUGGAGUCAAUCAAGUAUCGUCGGGGAGUGCUACAGCUGCUCGACCAGCGUCGACUUCCACUGGAAACAGUAUACUGCGACAUAACCAGUAUUGACGACAUAUGUUGCGCCAUUAAGGAGAUGCGUGUUCGUGGUGCGCCCGCCAUAGCUGUCAGCGCCGCCCUUGCACUUGCUGUGGUAGCAGAGCGGGAACUAAAGGAGCAGCGGCAAAACUCGGUGUGGAAAACCGCUGACGAUAUGCGGCAGUUUUUGCUGAUGAGCUGUGACAAAAUGAUGUCUGCCCGUCCUACUGCGGUUAAUCUAUCAAAGGUGCUCAUUCAAUUGAAGAAAGAUAUUGAAACGGACAAGGCUAAUACGAUGGAAGCCGUGUUAGAGACUUGUGUUCAACUUGCCGAAAAAAUAUACGCCGCCGAUGUUUCCUUCAAUGAGAGAAUUAUGCGCCACGGUGCUGCCCACCUGUUGAAACUGGCGUCAAAAGAACGGGUGAACAUUUUAACCAUAUGCAACACGGGGGCCCUUGCCACAUCCCGCUAUGGGACCGCUCUUGGCAUUGUGCGGCAGCUCUUCUACGAGGGUCACCUGCAGCAUCUGUAUGCCUGCGAGACGCGGCCGUGGAAUCAGGGGGCGAGGCUCACCGUCUACGAAUGCGUACAAGAAAAUAUUCCAUGCACACUCAUCUGCGACAGCGCCGUUUCGGCCGUCAUGAAAACGCACGACAUCGACGCUGUUGUUGUGGGAGCCGACCGCAUAUGCAAAAACGGCGAUACAGCAAAUAAGAUUGGCACGUACAACCUUGCGGUAGCGGCAGCAUAUCACAAGGUGCCCUUUUUUGUCGCAGCGCCUUCUACAACACUCGAUCCGCUAACACCAGAUGGUGAAGGGGUUGUCAUCGAGGAGCGGGAAGCGACGGAAAUAACACAUAUCGCCAGCGGUGGCGGGGGCCUACAGAGUGACAAAAGCAAUUCCGAUUACGGGAGGAAGCGUGUGGUGGCAGACGGGCCCCAUCUGAAAGUGUGGAAUCCCGUGUUUGACAUCACCCCCGCCUCUCUCAUCACUGGAGGUAUUAUCACAGAGCACGGUGUCUUUCCCCCUGCCACAGCGGGUCCGCUCUUUGACAUAUCCCGUAUUGUUGAGCCUUGA